GCUACUUGUCGUCAAUUCGUCAUACAUCUCUAGUACUUGGUCCUGUGUGUCGAUAACGCAUGACAUAUGCACUGGCCGAAUGUCUACAUACAUCUCACAAGCUGCAGGCUGCACCUUUCCACAGCAUCCGUCUGAUCCAAGGCGACUCGAACCGAUCAUACGUAAAGGGUUUCGUAGUCCGGGAUCAAUCCAGGGGUCGGUUCAGGGUGAAGACCGUGUGUGACGGUGUUAUUGAGGCAAUCCCGAUGGACCAGAGAAUUCCACUCUGUUCCGAGAUCUCCAUGCACCCUAUGCGGCGUGCUUACGGGCCUCGGUAUGUGACCCAUACUCGGCUGUUCACAACUUCACAAGGCGGAGAUCAUGAUGGGUACCGCCAGGGCCGAUCCCCAGUACUCAAAUACUGUACAUACAUAGUAGGCAGAUACUGGCGAUGCAUAAAUCCAGCCGAACGGAAGGUGGGUGGCACCCUGGGAGGUUUCAAUAAUUCAAGCCAUUUUCUCUCAAAUGGGGGAUGGAAGGGAGCCGACGGAAGCAGACCCGAGUUUGAGACUCCGUGCUUUUCAGCCACUGAAAGUCACAGCCGGAAUCUUUUCCGACCCAAUAUGACGCACCCUCCUCUUGGGUGUGUCGUACCAAUAUUGCCCGGAGUAGUGCCGUCGCAGUUUAGAGAAGACUAGUAGCUACUCCGUACUCCGUACACAGUGAAAGAGGGAAAGGAAGGUAAAAAAAAAAAAAAAAAAAAAAAAAAGCAGCCAACCCUACUAGGGGUCUUUUCCUUGUGCCAAUGGUAGGAUCCUCACAUUGGCUCCCGGUCCCCUCCGGUGGUGGCCAAGCUGCCGAUGACUGGCUGUGGCGGCCAGGGCCAGUAACGUGACCGGGCCGAUAGACCCCCAAUCGGGAAUGGCAAACUGCCACCCCAUCUGGGUCCGUCGUAGUGUGUGUGUGGAGUUGGGGAGUGGGGUGGGAGUAAUAGAUGGGUAAGGGAGUUGGGAAUUGAGACUUGAGAAUGAGAAGAAACCGGCUGCGGGAACUGGAC